CCAACCACCUCUCCCUCCCCUCCCCCAUCUCUCUCUCUCUCUCUCUCUCUCUCUCUCUCUCUCUCUCUCCCUAAUGGAGAACCCUAAUCACAAGCACCUACUCUUACUCACCUCCCUCUUGCUCAUCUCACACUCUGAUCUCAUCCUCACCCACACCCAGCUCCUCCCCAUCGUCCGAUGCUCCGGCCAUGGCGCCGAUCGCGACGUCUACAUCGUCCACGUUAAACACCCUAACACCACCCACCUCCUUGCCGCCGCCGACCGUGAGACCUACUACAAGACCUUCCUCCCUCCGACCGCUGCUGCCGGAGGUGAGCAGCGCCUUAUGUACUCGUACACACAUGCGAUAAGCGGCUUCGCAGCCCGGCUCUCCGAAGCUGAGGUGGAGGCGAUGGCGUCGAGGGAGGGGUUCGUCCGCGCGCACCGCGACAAGCAGUACCAGCUCCACACGACGCACUCGCCGGGCUUCCUCGACCUUCAACCGGACCACUGCUUCUGGAAGGAGUCCAAUUUCGGCGCAGGGGUCAUCAUCGGCGUGCUUGACACGGGCGUCACGCCGUUCCACCCGUCCUUCUCGGAUGCAGGGAUGGCGCUCCCGCCGUCGAAAUGGAAGGGCGCCUGCGACUUCGAUACGAGGUUCUGCAACAACAAGCUCAUCGGAGCGAGGGGGUUCAGCCGAGGGUGCCGCGACGCGCCGCUGGACCUUGACGGCCACGGCACCCACACUGCUAGCACAGCUGCUGGGGGCUUUGUCAACGGCGCUUCGGUGCUCGGCCAGGCGAAGGGCAGUGCGGCGGGGCUUGCGCCGAGGGCGCAGCUCGCGGUGUACAAGGUGUGCGACAAGGCAUGCUUCGGGAGCGAUGUUUUGGCAGGCAUCGACCAGGCCAUCGCCGACGGCGUCGACGUGCUCUCGAUCUCCUUCGGCGCGCGCUCCGCGCCGUUCUACGAUGAUGCCGUGGCAAUCGGCACGAUGGCGGCGGCAGCGUGGGGGAUCUUCGUGAGCACCUCGGCGGGCAACGAGGGCCCGCGGGAGGGCUCGGUGGAGAACGACGCGCCGUGGGUGCUCACCGUCGGCGCGAGCACCAUCGACCGGACGGUCCGGUCCACCGUGAAGCUCGGCAACGGCCAGCAGAUUUACGGGGAAUCUGCAUACCAACCAGGCAAUUUCCCGGCGACCCAGCUGCCGAUUGCAUAUCCCGGUGCGCGGGGGAUAUCGCGCGCGAAGACGUGCAGCGACGGCUCGCUGGACGGCGUCAACGUCCGGGGGAAAAUUGUCCUCUGCGAGACCGGCGGCGCCAACACGAGCGUCGAGAAGGGGGCGAUCGUCAGAAGGGCCGGCGGCGUCGGGAUGAUCGUCAUGAACGGGCCGACGGAGAUGUACACUCCGGAGGCGCGCGCCCACGUCCUCCCGGCGGCGCACGUCAGCUACGCAGACGCCGUCAAGCUCAAGGCCUACAUGAAGAUGGCGCCGACGCCGACCGCGGCAAUCUCUUUCGCAGGGACGCUCUACGGGACCCCGCAAGCUGCCCCCGCCGUCGCGGCGUUCUCGGGGCGGGGGCCGAGCGCGGCCAACAACGGCGUGCUGAAGCCCGACAUCAUCGGCCCCGGCGUGAACAUCGUCGCGGCGUGGCCGAAAAGCGUCGGCGCAAGUAGCAACCCGACGAACGACGAAUCAAUCGCGACAUUUAACAUGAUCUCUGGGACGUCGCCGGCGGCGGCCCACCUCGCCGGGAUCGCCGCGCUGCUGAAGGCGUCGCACCCCGACUGGUCCCCCGCGGCGAUCAAAUCGGCGAUGAUGACGUCGGCCGACACCCUUGACCGCAGCGGCAAUCUCAUCUCCGACGAGGGGCUGCAACCCGCCCAGUACCUCGCCACGGGGGCCGGGCACGUGAAUCCGACGAAGGCCGACGACCCGGGGCUCGUCUACGACCUAUGGUUCUCCGACUACAUCGCCUACCUCUGCGGCCUCGGCUACACCGACCGACAAGUGACAUCGAUCGCCCGAACCGGCGUCGAGUGCGCGAGCGUCGCCGCGAUCGCCGCGGAGGAGCUGAACUACCCGACGAUCGUGGUUGCGAUCGGGGCGAACGCUCAGAAGACGGUGACGCGGACGGUGAGGAACGUCGGGGAGCCCGGGGAGGCAUACGCCGCCGCGGUCGACGCUCCGGAGGGGGUGGCGGUGAGCGUGUUCCCGGACAGGCUCGAGUUCUCGGGGGCGAACGAGACGGCGGUGUUCGACGUCUACUUCACGACGGGCGACGACGUCGAGGGCCGGACCGGGGCCGUGGCCGAGGGGCAGCUCAGGUGGGUCUCCAACAAGCACACAGUGAGGAGCUCCAUAUCCAUCACCUUCAUUUGAGAUGGUAUAUAUAUAUAACAUAUAAAUAUAUAUAUCUUAAUUUUGUUUGAGCUUGUUCUUAUGUACGUAUUUGGUUAUUGAGGAGGAACACUGUGUUGAUGCUAUAGGUUCUUCUCAUGGUGAAUAAGAGAGGAGGCGUGUGUAUGCAUGCAUGUGUGCUCCUUUUUUUUUUUUUUUAUUACUUAUUAUUUUGUUAAAUAUAUCUUGUUCGUAUUUGUAUCGAAUCAAAUCGGUCUAAUUUAGCCAAUAAGAUUCGGUUUUAAUGUA